ACUAUCGGCGGUACUGUUAUUUAUAACAUCGUUCGUACGUUUGGGUUAGGGUUAGGGUUAAGAGUGAGGUUAUGGCAAAACUAACCCUAACUCUAAAUCCCGAACCCUAACCCUAAAACCAUAAAGCUAAAACCAGUACAAACGCACGAACGAUGUCAUAAAUAACAGUAACACGAAUAGUUGUUGACAAACAACGGCACUAAUUUUAUUCAAAGGAAAAGAUCCCAUAACAACGUUAGAAAAUGUUGUUUACAUUCUUACGGCAGUAAUUGUUUUCACCUCAAUAGACGUCAGUUAUUGGUUGAAAUUACCGAAAUACGACAACUUUUUACAUGAAAUAACUUCGAAUACAAAAUUUUUUAUCUGUUCUAUAAAACAAAAUAUACAAAUGUACGAAGUUUGAAAGUGUUUCGGUACCAAAAACACUACAUAAAACAUAAAUGAAAAAUGUUGCCCGUCAAACCAAAAAGAUCCAAAUGUACCACACAGACAGGCCACAACGGGAUUUGAAAUCAGAUCGCAAAAAAAAAACAGAUUAAAUGCAUAUUUCAUUUAAAAAUGGAAGUUGAUAAGAAUAUAGGUAAAAUUUUGCGUGGUGACUUUCAAUAUAUUCAACAGUAUAUUAAACAAAAUUUACAUAAAAUCAACGAAACCAAUUCAUGGGGUCUGACAUAUUUGAUGGUUGCUUGUCGCCUGGGCAACACAGAUUUACUAAAUUUCUUGGUAGAUGCUGGAGCUGAUUUGGAUAUGAGGGACAGAGAUGGUAAAACUGCUUCACAUUAUGCUGUGUUUGCCCAUCGAUGUGAUGUGGUGGCCCUCAUGGUCUCCAAGGGUGCCAAUAUCAGCAGUGGAGACCACUUUGGUAAUACACCUCUUCAUUGUGCUGUGGAGAAGAACCUUGAAGAUGUAGUGAAAGUCAUAUUAAAGACGAAAGAAAAAGAGGUCAAUAAAGCAAAUGACAAUGGUGGAACACCUUUAUAUCUGGCCUGUGGGAAGCGACACACAGACAUCGUUCACCAUCUCCUGCAAUGUAACCCUGAUGUUAAUAUAGGGGACAUCACUGGGUUCACUCCUCUACAUGUGGUUUGUAAUGAAGGAGAUGCACACAUUGUUCAACUGUUACUGCAGUUGCCUAACACAGAUGUCAGUAUGGCGGAUAAAGAUGGUAACUCACCUCUUCACUAUGCCUCUUACCAUGGACACACAGACAUUGUCCUGCUAUUACUGCAGCAGCCUGGCAUUAAUCCAAAUAUGGCGAACAAUGCUGAUGACACACCUCUACAUCUGGCAGUUCUAAAGCAACACUAUGAUGUAGUGGCAUUGAUGCUGUCCCAGAGUCAUGUGGAAUUGAAUGUGAAGAACUGUAACAAAAUGACACCAUUGCUCCAAGCCAUCUCCGUGGGCCACUUUGGAAUGAUCCACAAGUUACUUUCUCACGGCGCUGAUAUAAAUGCUCUCGACAAUAAUGACAACAAUUGUGUGCACCUUGCUGUGAGGAAAGAGGUGUUUCAUUCUGAGGAUGAAUUCUUAGGUGUUUUAGAUGAGUACUGCGCUAAGCUAGAACUGAGCAUAGAAGACAAGCUUUCUGGCUUGGUAGUUGCUGAGUAUUUAGCCUAUCACGGUGCCAACUUUUACCAUGAAAACAAACAAAAGCAGACCCCAAUGGAUCUCAUUGAAAAUGCAGGUUUAAAAGAGAAAAUGAAAACGUUUUUCCCACCACCGUAAGUGUUACUUGGUCAC